AUGGUUUUCGAUACCCUCUUCAAGCGCACCCUCGGCAUAGCCAUGUUUGCUGCCAUUGGGACGUUCCUGGUCGGUUUCGAUACCGGUAUAGCGACUACCACUAUUGCGCACAAAAGCUGGGUUGCCUACUUUGGUCAUCCUUCUGCUGGAAUGAUUGGCGCGGUGGUUUCCCUGUACAUUGCCGGAAAUGUCAUUGGAUCAAUUCUGGCGUCCGUCCUGGGCGAUAGACUGGGACGAAUUCGAUUCAUGGAGGUGAUGUGUGUCUUCGCCACUGUGGGGACCAUCAUACAGACAGCAGCGGUCAGCCUUGGUAUGUUUCUGCUCGGUCGCGUCCUUGCCGGCAUUGCAGUUGGUGGUUUCACAUCUACGGUUCCAAUCUACCUGAGCGAAAUUUCGUCUCCAGCAAAUCGCGGUCUUAUUGGCGGUAUCGCUGGCUGCGGUAUAACCUUCGGAAACUUCUUGUCAAACUGGGUCGGCUUUGCCUGCAGCUAUGCACCCUAUGGCCCCGUCCAAUGGCGGGUACCUCUCAGUAUACAGAUCCCUUGGGGUGUUGUCCUCAUUUGGGGUCUUUUUACAUUUAUGCCACAAUCUCCGCGUGAACUGGUAAAUAAGGGGCAGGUCGAAGCUGGACGCGAGGCAUUUACGAAGCUUCGCACCGACCUUGCCAGCCAAGACGCCAUCUAUCAAGAGUUUGACUUGAUGUGCCGCCAGAUCGAUUUCGAGCUCCAUCGACGGAUGCCUUGGCAUGAAAGCUUUAAGACUUUCAGACACCGUAUUCUUAUUAGUAUUUGUACGGUGUCUAUCACUAGUCUUUGCGGAUUUAAUGUGAUUGCGUACUAUCAAUCUAUUCUCUACGCUUCUCUUGGGAUCCAGAGCCAUAUGAUCCUUGCGCUGGCCGGGAUUUAUGGUACUAUCGCCUUCCUUGUCAAUGUGCUUACCACUAUCUUUUUGACCGACCAGUGGGGACGGAGGAGGAUGAUAUUGUGCGGUGUUGGGGGCAUUAUACUAGUUGAAAUCUACUUAGCUGUCAUGCAGCGUGAGUUUGGUAAUUCCCACAAUAGCGUCGGCAAAGGCUUUGCUGUGGCCGGUAUAUAUAUGUUUUGUGUACUCUACGGCGGUAUGCUGAACAGUACCACGUGGCUCUAUGCUGCCGAAGUCUUACCCACUUCCCUGCGGGCAAGAAUUGUAGGCAUGGGCUGUAUGACACAUUUCAUCCUCAAUAUCGCGCUCACCGAAGCGGGUCCGACUGCUUUCGCCAAUAUCCACGAAAAUUACUACUACGUCUUCGUCGGAUGCAGUACUGUGUUCCUGAUGCUCGGUUACUUCUAUUUGCCCGAAACGAAGCAAAAGACCCUGGAAGAUAUUGCAGCCGCUUUUGGCGAUAAUGUCGUGGAAGCCAAUACAGUCGACGCUACCGUCGAAAACGUACGAGGAGAAAAGGAAGUCGUGGCAUUCUUUGAUUAA